UACGCAUCCUUGCUGGCGCUGUUGUCGGUAGUCGCGAGUGCUGACCUAGCCGACCUGGCUACGCGUCACCUGGCGCUGACGCUCGCGUUCGUCUGGGGCAUCUUCGUGUACCGUGAUAUCUGGCCGCUCGCGACAUUCAACCUGAUGCCGGUAGAUGACAUGGAGGGCGGAUUGCUGUGGGCUAAGCUUGGUGUUCUGACGGUCGCUGCAGUGGCAGUCCCAUUACUCGUGCCGCGGAAGUAUGUCCCUGUUGACCCCAAGGAUCCCUGGAAGCCUAUCCCGGAGCAGACAGCUUCUCUUCUGUCUAUGAUGCUUUACUACUGGCUUGAGAAGACCGUCGUCGAGGCGUACCGCAUGCCUCAUCUUCCGCUCGAAAGGCUUCCGCCACUAGCUGACUAUGACAGCGCGAAGUACUUGGUGAAGAGGAGUUUCAAGCACCUCGAUCCGUUCGAAGUCAAGAGGAAGGAUGAACAUCUCUUCUUUGGUCUUAUGCGGGUAUUCCGCACGGAAUAUGUUGUUCUUGCGAUCAUGCUCGUUCUGCAGGUGCUCACGCAAUUUGCGAGUCCCAUUGGAAUCAGGGAACUUCUCCGUUACUUAGAGACAGAUGGCGAAGGUGCUACUAUUCGGCCUUGGGUCUGGAUUGCUUGGCUCUUCUUUGGCGGCCUUUUCAGCUCUAUCGCGGGCCAAUGGUACAUCUUCACGACAACUCGGAUGUUGGUCCGCACCACAGGCAUUGUUACGCAACUUAUCUUCGAGCACUCGUUGCGCAUCCGCAUCAAGGCUGAGAUCGCGGACACGCCCGCUAAUAGCGUCGCGAACACGGCCGUGGGCACGCCGGAUACCGCGUCGCUUGCGGAUGGCGAAGGCAGUGAUGGUCAGGAGAACGAUAAUGGGAGUCCGACCAAUAGUAACAGCGAUGGCGACACUAUGCGCGCGAGUACUGUCAGCGUUACAAUGGGUGCGACGGCGAAAGGCAAGCAGAAGGCAGGGUCGAUUAGCGGUGAGAGCAGGAAGAGCGUGUCAAAUGCCACUUCUGCGGAAGGCGAAAAAAGCGGCAACUUAGUUGGGAAGAUCAACAAUCUUGUUACGACCGAUCUAGACAACCUGAUCAACGGUCGUGACUUUUUGUUUAUUGUGAUCAUGGUCCCGCUGCAAGUCUGUUUCUGCGUGUGGUUCCUGUAUAACAUUCUCGGCUGGAGGCAUAAUUGCAGUGCCUUUGCUGGCAUGGGCAUGAUGGUGGUUCUGUUCCCAUUACCAGGCUAUGUAGCGAGCAGGACCCAGACCGUGCAGGUCGAAAAGAUGAAGAUGACCGAUGCCCGCGUCCAGAAUGUGACUGAAACCAUGAACGUCAUACGCAUGAUCAAGCUGUUUGGCUGGGAACCUCGAGUAGCGGAGCAACUGUCCGAAAAGCGCGAGGCCGAGCUGAAGUACCAGUGGCAAUACCGCAUACUGGGACUGAUCAAUGCGAUCCUGAACCAUGUGAUCCCAUUUAUCACCAUGAUCGUCACCUUUGUGUGUUAUGUGAGUAUUAUGGACGGUAUUCAUGUGAAUGCAGCAUCUGCCGUCUUCUCAUCUAUGUCUGUGUUUGAACUGCUUCGUCAGUCAUUGCACGGAGUGUUUGGCAUGUUGCCCGCGAUCAUCCGAGCGAAGGUAUCGCUCGAUCGUGUGAACGAGUUCCUUCACAAGACCGAACUUCUAGAUCAAUACACCGAAGAGCCGGACCGCUCGGAAUAUAUACCGCCGACGAAGGAUGCAAGCACGCAUCUUCUUGGGAUUCGAAAUGCCUCCUUCACGUGGUCGAGCGACAAUGAUGGGCUGUCCACUCCCGGUACCUCAAGACGCAACUUCACGCUACGGGUCGACGACGAAGUGUUCUUCCAGCCUGGUCAUAUAAACCUUUUAGUCGGCCCCACCGGGUCAGGAAAGACUUCGCUCCUCAUGGCGUUAUUGGGUGAAAUGCACUACAUUCCCUCAGGCCCUGACUCCUUCUACAACUUGCCUCGCGAGGGCGGCGUUGCGUAUGCCGCGCAAGAAUCAUGGGUGCAGAAUGAAACCAUUCGUGAAAAUAUUCUGUUUGGUGCUCCAUAUGAUGAAGUCCGAUACAAUAAGGUGAUCGAUCAAUGUGGACUGCGACGCGACCUGAGUCUUUUCGACGCGGGCGAUCAGACUGAGGUUGGCGAAAAGGGGCUCACACUAAGUGGAGGCCAGAAGGCUCGGAUUACUCUAGCACGCGCAGUGUAUUCCAGUGCGGAGAUUAUCCUGCUCGAUGAUGUACUGGCGGCCCUUGAUGUACACACGUCAAAAUGGAUCAUAGACAAGUGCUUCAAGGGUGAUCUUGUUCGAGGGCGCACUAUUCUUCUUGUGACGCACAAUGUAGCAAUGGCAACGCCGAUUGCAGAAUUUGUGGUGUCAUUAGGUACGGACGGACGGAUCGUCAGCCAGGGCUCUCUGUCCAAGGCGCUUGCAAAGGACAAAAAGCUGAGCGAGGAGGUCGCGGAGGAGAACCAGGAGAUAAAGAAAGCAGAGAAUGAGGUCGACCACGAAGAGCCCAAUGUCGAGGCCAAGAAGUCCGACGGUAAACUCAUAGUUGCAGAGGAAGUAUCUGUUGGACAUGUCAGCUGGGCAGCCUUGAGAAUGUUCUUCUCCAGUCUUGGUGGUGGGCAUCCAUUCUUGUUCUGGAUGCUAUGUGUCGGGACCCUUGCUCUCUCCGAGUUGGCGGACACCAUACAGACCUGGUUCCUUGGUUUCUGGGCGCGACAGUACGAAGACCAUGACCCAUCGGAGGUGAAAGUACCUUUCUACCUCACAGGCUAUGCUAUGCUGCUGGUUGUAUCCAGCGUAUUCUACUGCAUUGGUUAUGUCUUCUACGUAUAUGGCGCUUUGAGGGCUUCACGGGACAUUCACAAAACCUUGGUCACGUCCGUAUUUAGUACCACUUUGAGGUGGCUAGAUAUGACUCCCACCUCCCGCAUCAUCACUCGUUGUACUCAGGAUAUACAAGCAGUCGAUGGUCCCAUCACUGAUUAUUUCCGCGGUCUUCUUGAAUUGUCCAUGUCGAUGGUGGUCAAGCUUGCCGCCGUAGUGAUCAUGUCACCCGUGUUUCUUAUCCCUGGCGUCCUCGUCGCCGUGUUGGGUGGCUGGUGUGGCCAAAUCUAUAUGAAGGCUCAGUUGUCCGUGAAGCGCGAGAUGAGCAAUGCACGGGCUCCCGUACUUGGCCACUUUGGCGCUGCUAUUGCAGGACUAACAUCAAUCCGCGCGUAUAGUGCUCAAAAGAUGUUUAGGAAGGAAGCAUAUAAGCGAAUUGAUCGUUGGACGACAUCCGCACGGACCUUCUAUAACCUCAACAGAUGGGUUUGUGUUCGCAUCGACGUCCUGAGCUCUCUGUUCUCUUCUGGUCUUGCCGCAUACCUCGUGUACGGAGGCAGAUUCAAUGCUUCCAAUACUGGUUUCUCGUUGAAUAUGGCAGUCGGAUUCAGCGGCAUGAUUUUGUGGUGGGUGCGGAUUUUCAACGAAUUCGAGGUCUCCGGUGCGCGCAACUUGGAACGUAUCGAGCAAUAUGUCCAAAUUGAACAAGAACCGAAGCCCACAGCGGAUGGCGUCCCGCCAGCGUAUUGGCCUGCAAGCGGCGGGUUGAAAGUAGAGAAGCUGUCUGCUCGCUAUUCACAGGACGGUCCGCGGGUACUGCAAGAGAUCUCAUUUGAGGUGAAAUCUGGAGAGCGUGUUGGCAUUGUGGGGCGCACGGGUAGUGGGAAGAGUUCUUUGACGCUGUCUCUUCUGCGUUGUAUCCUCACCGAGGGAAAGGUCUAUUACGAUGGACUACCAACAGACACCUUGAAUCUGGACGCAUUGCGAUCUAGUAUCACUAUCAUUCCGCAAAUACCUGAACUUCUCAGUGGAACAUUGCGACAAAACCUGGACCCCUUCGAGCAGCACGACGAUGCGGUGUUGAAUGAUGCGUUGCGAGCAGCCGGGCUCUUCUCUGUGCAAAAUGAUACCGACGAGGGCCGCAUAACUCUCGACAGCCAGAUAUCAAGUGGAGGUAGCAACCUGUCCGUUGGACAGCGGCAGAUCUUGGCAUUAGCGAGAGCUAUUGUGCGACAGAGCAAGCUACUCAUUCUUGACGAAGCUACUUCCGCAAUAGACUAUGCCACAGACACAGUCAUUCAGACAUCACUACGCAGGGAGCUAAACAAAGAUGUUACCUUAUUGACCGUAGCACACAGACUACAGACGAUCAUGGAUGCAGACAAAAUUAUGGUUCUAGAUGCAGGUCGCAUUGUUGAAUUUGGAAAGCCGAGUGAGCUGCUCAAAAUUGACCAGGGCAGGUUACGCAGCCUUGUAGACGAAAGCGGCGAUAGGGAGACGUUGUAUGCUAUGGCCGAAGGUUCAAUCGCGUCCGCAUGA